AUCAUCGAUGUGAUGAAAGUAUUUUUUUAUGGAAAAAAUUUUGUUCCUCUGUAAAUUUGAUAUUAUUCGAUUGUAUUUUGGUAUUCUAAAGGUAAAAAUGUGAUGUGCAACUAUGGGAAACUGCCCAUCAACAGACGAGUUAGUGCAAAAGGUAGAGUGUGGACAGCGUAGGUCACAGUGAGCAUUUAAUCCAUGAAGAGGAUGAUAAUAGUUUGGCCAUAUCGCUGUAAACAAGUCAACAAAGGGAAAAGUGUCUAAUCGAAAUUGCAUCUCAUGAAUAAGUUCAGCUGGUGCAGGCAAUUGCACUAGGAAGUGUACAGAAAAUCCUGCUGGUUGGGACGAAAUAGUCGUUAAUGUGUUAGCUGGGGUGACCGCAUAUAUCUCCAAUGGCGCAAUCUUUCAGCUGGUACCAUCACAAUCACCUUGGACCCACGAAAACCGAGGACCAGCUGAAGGCUAAAGCGGUUCCGCUUUGUUCAGUGAAUGAUGUGCAGUUACGGUUCCUCUGUCCAGAUGAUUUGGAGGAAGUGCGAACGCUAUGUCAGGACUGGUUCCCAAUCGAUUACCCUCUAUCGUGGUACGAGGCCAUCACUUCCAGUUCGCGGUUCUUUGCGUUGGCAGCGGUUUACAACUUAACGAUCAUUGGUUUGAUUGUAGCCGAAAUAAAACCGUUUAGCAAGCUGAAUAAAGAGGAUCGAGGAAUUUUGUCGGAGUCGAUGGGCCGUGACGCCGACGUCGGGUAUAUUUUAUCGCUGGGCGUACAUCAUGCCGUCGUCACAACCGACAGUGGUAUCUUGUUCUUCGACAAAAACUGGACACAAAUAUCUUCAGGAGGACAUCAAUUUCAUCACAUUUCGGCGUUUGCUUACGACGAGGUGAAGCGAAAAUUAUACUUCAGUGAUCUCAAAGAUCCCAGUUUUCGGAUAUUUUCGUUGGAUACGAAACCGGAAGAGGAGUAUCACAAGGUAGCCAAACUACUGCCAAAAAGCGACCAAACCGGCUACAUCACUGGUUUGGCGUUCGAUCAUCUCGAGCGUAAGUUAUACUGGACCGAGAAAGGGACACACUCAGUGUACUCAGUCGAAGUCGAUAAGCUGGGGGCCCCGGCGAACGCAACCGAUGGCCUCAUCAACUUAGUCGCCCAGGUUGAAGAAAAUCACGACCUGGCAGCUUUGACAAUCGACGAAUGCCGUAGGCACCUCUACUGGACGAACAGCUACCUUCAAACAUCCAGUAUCGUUCGGGCAGCGAUGAAUGGCACAGUACUGGACGACCAUAAGGAGGACGUCUACGAGCCGAGGGGCAUUUCGGUCGACCAUUACAACAAUCGCAUCUACUGGGUGGAGAAAAAGUACGGUAGAGCAUUCACUGUCGAAAGCGCCAAUCUAGAAGUACAAGACAGACAAACAUUCCUCAGGGGCGAGGAUAAAAUACCGACGCACGUGUCACCUAACAGCCAGUAUUUGUACUGGAUAGACCAAGAGGAUGGAGAAGUUCAUGAAACGAUGAAAUCCGACUCUAAAGUGACACGAGUCGUUUAUAAAGGCAGUCGUCCAUCAGCACUUAUAAUCCGUUCAGGCUUGUUAGUAGAAUACCAGAAAAACAACCCAAGUUGUAAAGCUGUUGUGUCUGAAAUUAUAGAUAAUGUAAGAAAAGAAUCCAGCGAAGUAAAAGAUGUGGCACAGGCUGUGACAUCUAAACCUGAAAUGAUCACUUGUCUUAAUAAGGGCAUCCUCAACCACAACACCAAUAGCUGUAUCUGUCUACCCGAAUAUCAGGGUACAUUUUGUGAGAUUCCUAUCUGCAACAAUUUCUGCGUCCAUGGUGAAUGUGUGGUGGGUGCCGAUAGUCGACCAAUGUGCAAGUGCCAUGCCGAAUUUGAAGGCGAGCGAUGUGAUCGCAACAUAUGUGAUGGAUACUGUUUGAACAAUGGCCGGUGUGCGCUCAGCGCUACAGGUCAGAGGUCUUGUACUUGUUCGAAAAAUUUCAGCGGUGCUCGAUGCGAGACCGCAAUUUGUACAUCAGACUACUGCUAUAAUGGAGAGUGUUUUGUGGAGAAUGAAGUUCCAGAGUGCAAAUGCAACGUCGGCUAUCGAGGGGACCGGUGUGAGGAAUACACGUGCAACAACUAUUGUCUUCAUGACGGCACCUGCAUUCUGAACAACGACACCAUGUUGGUUGAGUGCCGUUGCGGCUCGGAGUACACCGGUAAGCGGUGUGAAAUUCCAAAACGGUUCUGUUCACUCGAUAACGGUAACCCAGAGAUGCAGCAGUAUUGUGAGGGGGUCGCCAUUGCGAAGAACUUGGUCGAGCCACAGGUCACAUACUGCAAGAACUCCUUCAACCGCACUGUUGUGUACGUCUCACUGGCAUUUACGGCGUCGCUGGUUACCCUGGUGACGAUUCUGUGUACCGUGCGCCGCAUGUACGAACGAAAUCGGCCACGCAUUACCAAGCGUUUCAAAGUGACGAACAACACACAGAUGACCUCCCGUCCGGCGACGCAGUGUGAAAUUACGAUAGAAAACUGCUGCAAUAUGAACGUGUGCGAAACGCCAUGCUUCGACACCAAGAUACUGCAGAAAUCGGCUACAAAGGCGGAAGAUAAACAGUUCCUCCUGGACGAUAUAGAAAGCAUUGCCGGAUCGUAUCGUAAACUUCCAAGCUGCGUUGCCGAAAAGAACUAGCCUUUUUGAUCACGUGAGACUGAAACUGCCACCACCACGUGGUUAAUACUCCUCUCUACAGAGCGGCAGCUGCAAAAGUGCGAUUAAAACUAAAUGUACAUAAAUCAACGGUGCAAUUGGGACGAACCAUUGCCACAACUGAAAUCUCUCCAAUAGCAAUAUGUCUUAGUUAGUUGAGAACUAAAUUAUGUGAUUAGUUUUAUGUUACAUUAGGCAGAAACCUGCUCGAGAACUGCGCAUAGCUGAAAUGUUAGUCGGCCUGGUUAUUGUUCUCUUGUGUGCUUAUCAAAAUCAGUUUUGAAUUUAUUGUUUUAAUUAGUAUUUGUCCAUUAGUAGUUUAUUUUGAUCUUUAUGUAGAAUUUUAAUGUGUUUCAACACGUUCAUUUUGAAAAAAGGCCCAAAAACUUGAACAAAAGCGUACUUGAAUAACCGAAACAUGUUCCUUAGAAAAGGUAUCAAAUCGAGAGCUAUAUGCAAGCAGCUACACAUGUCUUAGACAAUAGAUAAAGCAAGUCAUUUUGUAAAAAAAAGCCAUAGAACAGAACUUCAUCAAUGCGCAAAGGUUACCCAUGUUUGUACUACAAAAACCAAAAAAUGUACCUUUUCAGAGUAUGUUAACAAUAAUAGCUCAACAAAUUAUAAAUAUCACGAUACAACCGUUUGGUUAAAAGAGCUUCUCUUCGCUUCGCGGUAUGUACUUGUUUGGAGCCGCACAAUGAUAUAAACGUUAGUUUCGGCUUAUUUACCAGUUCCUUUAGUUUGUUAGUGAUUUGUUAAUUAAUUUUAUAGCAAAGGGGCAUAUUAGAUGUCGCAUUAAUUAUCCAAUAAAUAUCAAAUUGAUAUUCGAAAAUCGAUACUUAUUUGGAUGGUGCACAACCCAAAUUAUUUUAUCAAAUAAUCCCCAGGUUCAAUUAUAAUAUGAAAAUCCUUAAAAAUUUUAGUGUCCCUAUCAGUGAAGUCAUAUGAUUAAAAACCGGUCAUUCACGCGUAUGAACAAACAGAUAUCACACAUUUAUUUGUUGGUUUAGUUUUGUGAUACGUGAAAAAAUCCUGUUAAUGCGGCUCCAUCUAUUUUACCUUGCUGUUCAUUACGUACUAUAUUUUACGUUCAUCUUGCGUUUUCGUCAAACUUUUAUAUAUUUUGAAAACAUUCAAACAAACGAGGAAAAUGGAAACACUUAAACUCAGCGAAUAUAAGAAUAAAACUUAAAAAAGGCAACAAAACUUGAUAAGGCUGAAGCCGAGGAUGUACUUGUAGUUAUUUUUUAAUGAUAAAUUUAAGGAAACCGUUGAGACUUUAUAUUCAAUAUCCACAUUAGAAAUGUGAUAUUAAUAUAAAUUUUACUAUGAGCCAUUCAUCGAAUGAAAUUAAUUGAUAGUGGAAUGUGAAUAGGUGGAUGAAAGAAAUAUAUUUAUGAAUGAUGCGUAUGAUGUUAAUGUGUCGACUUGAA